UUUAAUUGUUGAUGUAAUGAUUUUCCAUACGGUAGUGGAUUACAUGUCACACUAUUAAAAACAGACCUCUACUACUAGUACGCACACGGUACGCACACGAACACUAUUAGUCUGUAAAUAAAGACCCCUUUAAAAAAAAAGCCCCAAUCUGUGCCGCAUAAAAAAAUAACGCGGCCCGGAGCAUGACUCGAUAGAAUACCACCAGCCAGCACUGCAUUGCAUUUGACCAUACCUACGUCUCAGGACUUUAGUUUAGACCUCCUUUGAUUUAUAAACGGAGCUGUGGAGCUGAAGUGAAGACAUUCUUGGACUUAAAGAAACCAGGCUUCACUGAUAAGUAGGAGCACUAACAGUAAUACAGACCUCAUUUUUCAAGAGUCGAUAUGCUCAUCAACCACUCAGUAUCAGAUGAUAAUAGAACAAGUGGAGGAUCACCAUGAAGGUAACUCUAAGUGGGACUGUGAUCGUGGCCUGCAACCUCCUAGCCCAAGGAAUGACCCAUGGGUUGUCCACCUCCAUGGGAGUCUUCUACGGAGAAUGGAAGAGAGACUUUCAGGAACAAGCAGCCUUGAUCAGCUGGCUCGCUACCUCCGUGUUAACUGUCCUUCUUGGAACAUCUCCCCUGGCUGGCGCACUUGUGAGGCAUUUUGGUGUUCGUUGUGUGAUGAUCGCCGGUGCCAUCCUCUCUGCAUCUGGCUUCUUGGCUGCUUCAUAUGCUCCCAACAUUACAGUACUCUUCAUUACUAUUCCUUUCAUGUCUGGUUUUGGUAGCAGCAUGGCAUUUUCUGGUUGUUUGGUCUGCAUUGCUCAAAACUUCAAGAGGCACUUUACCCUCUUGAAUGGGGUAGCGUCAUCUGGCUGUGGAGUCGGUAUGGUGGUAUGGCCACUCAUCUUUCAGGUUCUGGUAGACCACUACACCUGGAGGGGUGCGCUGAUGAUCGUAGGGGGCUUACAGCUUCAUCUUAUCCCACUGGCACUCAUUAUGACAAGACAUUCCAAGACGGAAAAACAACUUGAACAAGGGCAUAUGAAGCUGACAAAAAGUGAGCAGAUCGGUUUGAGACAGCUUGUGACGGAGACAGAGCUUAAUCACAAUAGUGUAGUGACCUAUGCCGUUGAUGCGUCUACCCCCUUUGAUAGCGGCUCCGAUGACGGCAUCGUAAUAGCAUGUGGGGAAAAGCGGAAACAGAAUGGCGAAAGUCAAGUGGUAGAUUUUAAAGUAUUAGAUGAACCUGAUGAGGAGAUUUUAGAGGAGUAUGAUGAAAUCAAUGGCGUUGAGCCAAAUGCAUCAACUCAGCGUCUUACCAUGGUGCGUAGGAUGAGGAGUCAUGCCUCGAUGGUCGGCAAGGGUGUAAAGACAUCAUGUGUGCAAUCGACAGGUUUAUCACUCAUAUGGGAGAAUCGCGUAUUUGCAUGUUACCUACCAAUCGCACUGAUGGGAGGUGUCGUGUAUGGGACCUAUUUGGCUCAUGCUGUAACCUGCGCUGUACUGAAAGGCAUUCCAAGAAUUGAGGCAGCAUUUUUAGUCUCUGUUGUUGGAUUAACGAACAUGAUUGCUCGAGCAACUCACGGCCUACUCCUUAACACAGGUCACAUACAUCAGAUAUUUUUGUCAGCUUUUGCAUAUGCCCUUGGUGCGGUAGCUGUGUUUGUUGCUCCAGCCACCGAGAGCUAUGCUGUCAUGGUAGCUUGUGCGUCAGGUGUGGGCAUUGCAUCCGGCAUUUACAUACCUCUUCAGACGGUCAUAGUUCGACACGUGGUUCCUUUGCACCGGUUUCCAGGUGGGAUCGGCAUGGUGCUCUUAUCGGUAUGCAUCGGGAUCAUGACAAGUUCUAUUCUCUCAGGGUAUAUUUUAGACCAGACCAAUAGCUAUCAGAUGGCUUUCCUCUUUGCUGGCUGUGUUGGACUGAUACCGUGUAUUCUACUAAUCAUCAAUCACAUCAUAUGGAAUUACUGCAUCAUAGAUGAGCGUUGGCCACCCAAGGUUUAAUAAUCACAUGGUGCAGAAGAAAGAAAGAAUGAAUGAAUGAAUGAGACAAGAUGGAAGUUUGACCUGCCGAAUACUGAGUCUGAAAUAACUUCAGAUGGAAGCUGUGGUAAAUGCAUGUUGAAUAAACAUGUAAGCAUAUCCAAUGUGUUAACUAUUCUAGGACACCUACCCCCUGGACAUCCACCCCUGGAUAACCACCCCCAGUCAACUACCCCCUAGGACAACUACCCACU